AGUUUAGGUGGAAAGGGAAACCUCACUAUUGAUCUUCCAAGUUCCAAUUGGAGCAGUCCUCUCCAACAGUUGUAUUUAGGUGACAUGGAUUGCGGAAGGCGAUUGCGAGAGUCUAUAGGAGAUCUAAAGUCAUUACAGUAUCUGACUCUUUUCUGCAACUUGGAAGGUUCCAUUCCAGCUUCCAUUGGGAACUUAUCUCAACUAACUGACCUAAUCCUCUCUUCUAACAAUUUUAACGGACAAAUCCCAACAUCACUUGCAAACCUCACACAACUUACCUUUCUUGACCUUUCCAAUAAUCAGUUUUCUGGUCCCAUUCCAGCUUCCAUAGGUAACUUAAGGCAACUUACUAGCCUAUACCUCUCUUCUAACAAUCUUAGCGAACAAAUCCCAUCAUCACUUACAAACCUCACCCAACUUACCUCUCUUGACCUUUCUUAUAACUUACUUAAUGGCACAUUGCCACCUUGGAUUUUCACCCUACCUUUGUUAGAGUACUUGUAUCUCAAUCAUAACCAAUUUCAAGGUCAAAUAAAUCAAUUUCGGCAAAACUCACUCACACACCUAGAUUUGUCAAACAAUAAACUCCAGGGCUCAAUUCCUAACUCAAUUGCUAAUUUAGUAAAUCUUAGUUUUCUCAAUUUAUCGUCAAAUCAUUUUACUGAUUUAGUAGUACCUGACAUGUUCUCGGUGCUUCAAAAUCUCGAAAUUCUUGACCUUUCUCAUAACAACUUAAUCAGGAAGAUUCCAAAUUAUCUUCCUAAGUCUCUCUCAGUGUUGAAUUUGCAGGCCAAUUACUUUGAUGGAAAUAUAGCAUUUGGGUUUCCAGAGGGCUGUGGAUUACGAGAUCUCAACUUACAUGGAAAUCAAAUGGACGGCUUAUUACCAAGGUCUUUGGUGAAUUGUCGCUUGUUAGAGGUUCUAGACGUUGGCAACAACAACAUAAGUGAUACAUUCCCUCAUUGGUUGGAAUCUCUACCACACCUUCAAGUGCUUGUCUUAAGGUCCAACAAGUUCCACGGUUUUGUGCAGAGCACCAAAGAAAGUCCAUCUUUUCCCAAGUUGCGAGUUCUGGACCUCUCCAGCAAUUAUUUUGUUGGUGCUUUGCCUGUUCGGUACAUGGAAAAUUUUAAAGCGAUGAUGGACCCUCAUGGAGAGGAUGGUUCCCCUGAAUACAUGAAGGCGCCAACAAGAGCUAAUCCUGAUGAAUAUUCACUGGUUGUGACAUGGAAGAGAUUCGACUCUGAGCUGCAGCGAACCUUGACCGUAUUCAGUAGUAUUAAUCUCUCAAAUAACAUGUUUGAGGGAGAAAUUCCAGAUGUUAUUGGAAAGCUUAGUUCUCUCAAAGCGCUUGAUCUUUCUUAUAACAACCUUACUGGUCAUAUCCCACCGUCACUAGGGAAUUUGACGAAUCUGGAAUGGUUGGAUCUCUCUUCCAACAAGCUGGGCGGGGAAAAUUCCUCAUGAAUUGGUAUCUUUGACACAACUCUCUGUAUUGAAUCUUUCAAAUAAUCAUCUUGUCGGGCUCAUACCACAGGGCAGUCAGUUCAACACCUUUGGAAAUGGUUCUUAUGAAGGAAACCUUGGACUGUGUCGAAUCCCAUUGUCAAAAUCUUGUGAUGGAAUUGGGACACCGCCGAGCUCCUUCCAAGAAAAAGAUGAGUUGUGGAGAUUUGGCUGGAGGGUUGUGGUGUUGGGCUAUGGAUGUGGAGUUGUUUUUGGACUGCUGAUGGGACAUCAUGUCUUCUGAACAGGAAAGCCAAAAUGGUUUGUGUCUUUGUUUGAUGGCCAACCAAGUCAAAGUGGAAGGAAGAUGAGGAAAGCUAGAAGACUUGUUCAAAGAAGAAGACAGUUGCAGAGUUGACGUUUUAGAGCUUUGAUUUAAUGUUUCCUGAAUAAGUGCUUUUCGGGUUCGAAGUUCUUGUUAUGGCUGGCAUUGGCUUGUCUAAAAUUGUCAGCCUUCUCUUGUUUUUAUUAUGCUUUGUAAAUUUGUCUUUCUUUAUUGUAAAAUAUAUUUGAAGGUUCAAG